AUGGAGCUCAAGUUACUUUUAGUCGUUGCCCUGGUGGCUUCGACUCAGGCGGGCCCUAUAGACUCUAUUAGAGAUUCGUGUUCAAAAACAUGUCCAAGUACAAAUAAGUUUGGAUACAGACCGGGAAGGUCGUAUGAGUUUGAUUACAAUGUAAAAACAUCCACCAGUGUGAAAGGAGCAUCAGAAGGAUCGUCCGGAAUGGAACUAACGGCUAAGGUUCAUGUGGAGGCAGUUUCCAAAUGUGAUUUCAUUCUCAGGAUUGAGAAUGUGCGACUGCACGAAACAGACCCAACGAACUAUGAAAGGAUGAUAUUGUCAGAGGGAAGUGAAGAACUUCGUCGUGUCUUAGAGAGGCAUGAUCUGCGAUUUUCCUUCCAAGAUGGCAUCGUAGAUGAGCUAUGUCCAUCUUCGGACGAAGUCACAUGGGCUCUGAACAUCAAACGGGGUAUAUUGUCUGUCUUCCAGAACAGCAUGGAUGACCUUAGACGUGACCAGAAAACAACUGAGUCUGACGUCAAUGGCAACUGCGAAGUCGAAUAUAGAACAAUCAACGGCCAAGAUGGUUAUAUGGUGAGGAAGACAAAGAAUCUGCUCGGAUGCACGGAACGUAACGACUACAGUACAUCAGUCCAGGGCAUUUCGUACAGAGUCCCUUCAGAGAACCAAGCUAUACCUGUCAUGAAUAGCGAGCAUCAAUGCCAACAGGAAAUUUCAUCGGAUGGUUUACUGAAGGCUGCCAACUGUGUGGAAUCCCAUGUUUUCAGACCGUUCUCUCGAGAGGGGAGUGGUGCAGUAACUGAGAGCAAACAGACACUGAACUUUGUUCAGGAAUCCGUUCCAUCGGCAACAACCGGCGUCAUCCGAGAUCGACGAGGAAUGACGUUCGAACAUGCCUACGACCCUGACAAAUCCAUUCGUUCCCAAUCUGAUCUAGAAGGCAAACUUAUGGAGGUUUGUGAUAAUACAAGACAGGACAUACGCCCAGAUACACCAAGACUUUUCUCUGAGCUGGUGUACUUAAUGAAAACCGUCGACUCACAAUCUCUCCGAAGGGUGUACCAGAGACUCCGAACUGGAAGUUUGUGCGCUAACAACUUAAAGAGAGUAAAGAAGUUUUUCUUGGACGCAAUACCAAUGACAGGAACUAGUGCUUCGUUGAGUAUGCUUACGGAACUAAUUAACAGUCAAGAGAUCACAGGUAUAGACGAUAUGUGGCUUACAACACUCUCCUUCAUCCAGCAUCCAACAAAAGACAUGCUGAGAGAGGUCACGCCACUUCUUGCCAAAAGCAACGGAAAAGCCAUGCUAGCUGUCACAUCCCUGGUUCACAACUUCUGUGGAAAAAAUUCGUGUGAUAACGAUAUGGAUGUCAGCAUCAUUGUAUCUACAAUCGAGGAAAAAAUCGCAUAUGGAUGUAGCGUCGACGGAGACAAAUUGCAAAAGACUAUCAUUAGUCUUCGAGCCCUUGGAAAUGCUGGGUAUGCUAUUCGCGCUGUUCCUAAGAUCAACAGCUGCUUGACCAGGACGGAAAACCCAGUAGAGGUCAGACUCGCUGCCAUAGAAGCGUUCAGACGCAUGUCCUGCGAUGCUGAUAAAAGCGAAGUACAAACAGUGUUUGCAAAUACUGACGAAGAUUCCGAGAUCAGAAUUGCCGCCUACCUCGCUCUGAUGCAGUGUGCAAGUACUCAAACCAUUAACCUUGUCAGACAGCAGCUUGAAACUGAGAACAUUAACCAAGUUGGUUCAUUUAUUUGGUCUCACCUUUCAAACCUCAAAGAAACAUCAAACAUCCACAAACAAGACAUUCGAGCAAUUCUGCAGAAUGAAGAGUUGAGGAGUAACUUCGAUCUCGACAACAGAAAAUUUUCCCACAAUUACGAGAAAUCCAUUUUCUUGGAGAAGCUGAAUGCUGGAGCGUCAGUUGAGAGCAACCUGAUCUGGUCUUCCUCUUCUUUCCUUCCAAGGUCAAUGAUGGCCAAUUUGACUGUCGAUCUGUUCGGUCACUCCGUCAACUUGUUUGAAGUCGGGGGCAGAGUUGAAGGCUUGGAAUACUUCUUGGAAUCCUACUUUGGGCCCAAUGGCUACUUCAGUGACAACAACGAAGCAGCUGAAAUCAAUGAACAGUUUGUCAAAGGCAUCAGCAGCAGAAAAGUCAGAAACAUUGAAAGUCAAUUUGGAUCUGCAAUGGAUGAACUGAAGGGAACACUUUACGCGAGAGUUUUCGGAAAUGAGUUAGGUUAUGCCCGCCUUGAUGGAAGACAAUCAUUAUUCAAUGAAGACUUCAACAUCCUCGAAUUGCUUAUCAGUAUGUCCAAGAACCACGACUAUACAUUGACACAAAACUUCAUGUUCAUGGAUAGCAGCAUGAUCAUUCCUACAAGUUCCGGCUUCCCAUUAAACCUUACGGUAAAUGGAACCGCUACUGUUGACAUGAAGGCAUCCGGUAAAAUAGACUUGAGGAAAGUCGCCACGAGUCCGAGAAGCCUAUCGAUCGUUGGUGCUAUUCAGCCAAGUGCUGCUCUUGAAGUAUCCAGCAUGAUGAGCAUAGAUGCCUUCGUAACAAAGAGCGGCAUGAAAAUGAUUUCAAAUCUGCACACAAGUACUGCUAUCCAAGGAAAGGUUGAAUUGGCUGAUGGCCGUAUAUUGGAUAUGGAGCUGGAUGUGCCUCGCGAGAAAAUGGAAAUCGUAAAUUUCAAAACUGCCUUUUUCACCGUUCACAAAGACCUUCACCGCGAACAGGAGAUGAUCACAGAAAACAAACAAUCCCAUAAGGUUUGUACAGGAGAGACCUUGACAGAGGUGACUGGUGUUCAGCUUUGUGGAGAAGUCCAGUUUCCUAACGCCUCAUUGAAAGCAGACGCUCCGUACUUUCCACUCACGGGUCCAGUGAAAAUGGUUGUCGACCUCACCAAGAAGGAUACCUUGACAAGCUACAAAUUUGAAACCAAAUUUGCCAGGACAAGGAGAAGCGUAGCAGCCAAGAUAGCAUUCAACACUCCCGGAUCUACAAUAGAUAGAAAUAUGGGAUUUGACUUCCUUAUAAACAGCGUGGACAAAUCGGUAACAAUGGAUUUGGUUUCCCCUUGGAAAAAAGCCAGUUUGUCAGGAUCCUUGACGACUGAACGUACACUGAAGCAAUUUCAAGGCCGACUUAUGCUUGAUAGAAACCAGGAGUAUUCAGUGAAUGCAGAGGUCAGGCAAAGCCGAAAGGGUUCUGUGUAUGUCUACACACCAACAGUAGAAGUCGUCAUGGUAGGGAAGGACAACAUCAAUCUCGGUGGCUCCGUUGAAUAUCUACCAUCGAAGUCGAUUGAAGGCGAUCUCACACUGGCUGGUAUCACAGCCCAACCCGUGAAGGGUAGAUUCUCCAUUCAGCACAAGAAAACUAUUCGAUCCAUUCUUGGUGGUGUGAGUUUCACAAAAGGAAAAGAAUACAGUUUCGAAGCCCGAGUCCAGACAACAGGUACUGCAAAGGCAAUCAAGUAUAGGCCACACUUGUCAAUUCGUACACCGAAAAAAGAAGUUGUCGCAUUUGGUGGCACAGCAGAGUACAGGGACGGAAAGUCUUUUGCAGUCGAUUUUACUCUGAGCAAGAUCGUUCCCAAAGACAUCAAAUUGGACAUCAAAAUCAGGAACAUGGGCAAACGGUACCAAUCAAAGGUUGAUAUCACAACGCCAUACCUUGCUACAAAGAUCCAAUCCAGUGUUGUGGUAAAAGGUGGAAAGGCAUUGGUCACGAGAACUACCAUUGACUACGUCGUACCGAAAGUGAUACGAGACAAAAUCACCGUCAACGGAAAGACAUCAUUUACGAUGACCAAAGCCUUGAAGAUGAUCAAAGGAACUUUGUAA